AAUGUGCGAGAAGUGAACGACGCACUCUACGGUGAGGAGAUUCGUCUCGCUGCGCAUGAAAUCUUUAGCGGCAAGAAUGUCUUUUUUCUUGAGUUAAGAUGGAUCCACCUCUCUGCAAUGUCACCGGACAGCGUCACAUACUUUAAGCUUGGUUUGCACUUUCAUGAGUUUUAGGCGCUCUCUUCACGAUGGAAUUGCUCGAGUUGUCCGACGUCCAACAGAUGUUCAACGACUCGCGUUUUCAGGGGAAUUUAAGUGGGCUAGAUGGUGACGAACCGCUGCCUAGGAGCGCAAAGAUCACCGUCGUUGUGGUCUACUUGAUAGUGUGCGUGGUGGGGCUCGUGGGGAACUGUCUGGUCAUGUAUGUAAUUAUCAGGUACACAAAGAUGAAAACGGCCACCAACAUUUACAUCUUUAACCUGGCCUUGGCUGAUGCACUAGUCCUGGCCACUCUUCCUUUCCAAGGCACGGAUGUCAUCCUUGGUUUCUGGCCAUUUGGUUUGGCUCUGUGCAAGGUUGUGAUGGCCAUUGACUAUUACAACAUGUUCACAAGUGUCUUCACCUUGACCAUAAUGAGUGUGGAUCGCUACAUAGCCAUCUGCCACCCCGUUCGCUCCCUGACAGUUCGCACCCCGCUCCGGGCCAAGCUGAUCAACGUGGCGGUGUGGGUGCUGGCAUCAGCUGUGGGACUGCCUGUUAUGAUCAUGGGUCAGGUGGAGGAGGAUGUUUACGGUGCCGAGUGCAUACUGAACCUGCCUAAACCAAAAGAACACUGGGGGCCAGUGUUUGGGAUUUGUGUGUUCCUCUUCUCUUUCUUGAUUCCUGUGGUGAUCAUAAGCGUCUGCUACGGCUUGAUGGUACGACGACUGCACAGUGUCCGUCUCCUGUCCGGCUCAAGAGAGAAAGACCGGAAUCUGAGGAGAAUCACCUAUAUGGUACUGUCUGUGGUAGCUGCUUUUGUGUUGUGCUGGAUGCCGGUGCAGGUCUUAGCUUUGAUCCAGGCUUUGGGGCAUGUGGAUCUUGGGGCCAGGCAGUCCUCAAUUGCAGCCAUGCAUUUCUGCAUUGCUCUGGGUUAUGCUAACAGUUGCUUAAACCCUGUCCUCUAUGCCUUCCUGGAUGAAAACUUCAAGCGGUGCUUCCGUGAGUUCUGUAUCCCGGCCAACUCCAGUUUGCUCCUAGACGAGCAGCGCAAGAGAUCACUGAGGCAGGAGAGAGAAUGUGCUGAGGAGGAAGAAAAAGAGGUGGUUAUUGAUGAAGGUGCCAUUCCAAUGUGUGUGGAUUAGAGAGUUUAUGGCUGUAUUCUUGCAUGGUAACCUCGGAAUUUAGCUGGCAGAGGAUUUGUGGUGAUUCAGAAUUGGAAGUAUGGAUUGUUUCACAUGGAACAAAAAAGGGCCUUUUCCCCUGCUUUUUGAGUCUUAUAAUGUAUAAUCUUUACAUGGUUUAUUGUAGCCCUUAU